AACGCGCCGCAGCUCUUUUUCGAGUACAUGGACGGCGGCAACCUCACUUCGUACCUUGAGAAGAUCGCCAACGACGAACCCGUGCCUGUGGUGUACGCUCCCAUUGAAAUGAUCUGGGUCGUCGCCAACGCUUUAAACGACCUCCACGCCAAGAACGUCGUUCAUCGCGACAUCAAGCCCGACAACAUCCUCCUCUCUUCCAAGCACUACAUCAAAGUGGGCGACGUGGGCAUCGCCAAAGAAGAGUCAACGAACAUGACGACGGGUGCUGGCACGAGCAAGUGGCGAGCGCCGGAAGUGCUGACGUCCGGAAGCGGCUACGGCACGCCCGCCGACAUUUACUCGUUUGGGGUUCUCCUCCAGACGCUGUACCCUAACCCUUUGGAUGCAAGCGCCGAGUGGGCCCAAGCCCUCGCAGCGAAAUGCACGGCGAUCGAUCCAACGCGCCGUCCGACGGCAGCCAAGCUCGUCGACAUGUUGCGACCCAAGUUGCAGUCGUACGUCUUUGACGAGCAGCUGCACGUGGCCGUGGAGGCCGGCAACGUCGACGAUGUCCGCAUGUUGCUGGCAAGCGGAGUCCACCCCGACAGCGCGAGCGACAACACGAUGACGCCUCUGAAGACAGCUGUGCUGUUGAAGCACGACAGCAUCGCGGACCUGCUGCUCGCGCACGCGGCGAAUGUCAACGUCAACAACGGCUCGACGGCGCUGCAUGUGGCGGCCAAACGCGGCUCGAUCGCGAUGCUCAAAAAGUUACUUUCCGUCCAAGAUAUCGACGUGGAUGCGCUGUCGGAAAUCGCACACACGCCGCUGCACGACGCGGUUCUUCACGGGCGCAUGGCGCAUGUGGUUGCUCUUGCCGACGCUGGCGCCGACCUCGAAGCCGCUGACCAUAAUACGCGUCGGCCGCUGCAUAUGGCAGUGCUACUCGGUCACAACGACAUCGUAGCCUUCCUCCUCGAGCGCGGUGUCUGUACUUCCGAGCGCAAUCAGUACGGCGACACGGUGCUGCAUCUCGCGAUUCAGACCGGGCGCGGAGACAUCGCCGCACUUCUUAUCGAGGCUGGUGCUGAUAUUCACGCCGUCACGGUUGCGUCUUGCAACCCACUGCACCUCGCUUGUGAAAGCGGUGCCCUUGACGUGGUGCUGGCCCUUCUUGCGCGUGGUGCUGACGUCAACGCGAAAUGCAACGGACAUUGCCCCUUGUUCAUUUCGAUUUUGGCCGACCACGCCGACGUUGUCGCAGCGCUCAUGGCAUCGCCCGAUAUUGAUUUCAACCAACGCUAUAGUGGUGGCGUGACCCUUCUGCACCUGGCGGCUACCAAAGGCAGCGUCGACAUCGUUCAGACACUUCUCCAGGCCGGCGUCGACUUUGACGUUCGAGAGAAAAUGAGCGGGCAAAGUGCCAUGGACCUAGCUACGCGUCAGGGAAACCCCGAGGUGAUCGCGUUGAUCGGCGCGGCCCACGCCCACGCAACGAAAUUGCUUAUCGCGGUGGUUCUCCGAGACGAGCAACGCUUCGCCGCGCUUCUUCAGCACCCUUUUAGCUGCAACUUUUCGGACGAGGUCGGGUGCUCGCUCGUUCAUUGGGCGGUUCUUACGCGCAACGAGACCAUGCUGGACCUGCUCCUCGCAACGCCUCGAGUCCUUCUCGGAACGCAAAACCACGAGCACAAGACGCCACUGGCCUUGGCGAUCGAGUUUGGGUGCACAUCGAUGGCCAAGAAGCUCUUUGAUCGCGUGCAGCCUCGCGUCGUCGAGAUUGCAGCGACCGACUACGAGGUGACGACGACACAACUCGGUGUCGGCGGCUUUGGUGUCGUGCUCCUUGGUUUCUACAUGGACCAAAAGGUCGCGGUCAAGAUACUCAAGAACGCAGAGCAUCGCAAGUCGUUCCACGCCGAAGCCGAAGCCCUCCUCGCGUGCCCGUCGCCAUACCUCGUGCAGCUUGUGGCCAUCGCAGGUCGCCACUCGGACACACCAGCACUGCUCUUCGAGUACAUGGAUGGCGGCAGUCUUCGGACGCACCUCGAGAAGAAGCGCAUGAACGAGCGCACACAGGUGAACGUGACCAACCUCCACGUGGCCUGGGUCAUUGCCAACGCCUUGCGAGAUCUGCACGCCAAGGAGCUCGUGCACCGCGACAUCAAGAGCGACAACGUCCUUCUGAGCUCAAGUGGCGAGGUCAAGCUCGCCGACCUCGGACUCGCACGGCUCGAGGCCACCGACAUGACCGAAGCACCUGGUACCCGGUUCUGGAUGGCGCCCGAGAUCCUGCAAGCGCAAGGCACGAUGUACGGCUGUCCCGCUGACAUUUACGCGUUUGGCGUCCUCCUCACGGAGCUAAACACGUGUCAAGUGCCGUACUUUGACCAGGACGUUCAAGAUCGAAUUGCGUUUACCCGCGGUGUCAUCAACGGCACGCUUCGCCCGACGCUCACAGACGACAGCGAGCCAUGGCUGCGCACGCUGGUGGAGAUGUGUCUGCGCAGUGAUCCAGCGGCGCGGCCGACCGCCGACCAGGUUCUCGAGACGCUGCGUCGCGAGGUGACGGCUGUCGCAGUGCCCGGCAUGAGCACGACGGAGGUCUUUAUGCGUAUCGCGGCAAUUGACGAUGUCGACGCGGCGGCACACAUGCUAACCAGCGGCCUCCAUGUGGAUGGGGCGCUUCCGGGCGGCGUGUCACUGCUGUCGGCGGCCAUCGCUGCUGGUGCGCCCAACACGGUGCAGCUUCUCGUUGAUCGCGGCGCAAGCGUCAACGUCCAGAGUGUACGCACGAUCCUACUGCGCGCUUUAUUUGCACGGGAACCCACAGCCCGGCGAUAG